AUGGCUGAUGAAAUUGCAUCGGCAAUGGAGCAGGAAAUGGUGGAAAAACCGGCUGUAAAGUACCCAAGGCCUUCAGCAAAGAGGCAAAGGAAAGAAUCUCCUGACGCCCGAGAAGAAACAGAUAAAGAACGUGUAGACGAUAGCCUUCUGCAAGAUGCUCGUAGAAUAAAAGAAAACAUCAGGGUCUACAUGAACGCAACAUACAGGAAUGUUAAAAAACACGUUAAUGGAAAAAUUCAACAAUUACUAGAUAUAAUGGAGACAAUAAAUGAUAAAAAACAUGAAAAAACUUUGUUAGUACAACGCGUGGUUAGGGACACAUUAGCAUCCUCUGAAAUCUAUGAUAUCAUAGUAAAAGCGUUAGUGGAAAAAGCAGUGCCUAUGGUUAUCAAGGGAAUCAAGACGGAAUGUAAAAUCAUACAAAGACCACUUUCAGAAACUCAGACAUCUCGGGAGCUUCCAUGCGUGCCAUCAGGGCAAUUAGGAAUCAACAGAUACCCGGGAACUAAUUUUGAUUCCAUUUCUUAUAGGCCUAUAGCAAGAAUUCUUUUGGUUACAUUUAGGUUAGCAGUUAAAGUACUGAAUGUACAAUAG